AUGGAAAACAGUGUGUCAACAGCCGAUAGACACAAAUUACACGAGUUAUGUAAAACACAAUUAGGCGGUCAAUGGGCUGAAGUGAGUGCCGAUCAACUUAUUAUCAGGACCUCAACGGGUGGAUUUGUUAACCAACUAUUUUAUUGUGACCUACCCGAGCACAUGAAAACCAAGUAUAAUAGGGUUGCCGUUAGAUAUCAGGACGGAACGGCCGAAAUGGCAUUCUUUAAAUACUGUAAACCCAUUCAUAUAUUGACUAUGGGUUUGGUAUUAUCUGAAAGACAAUUAGCACCCAAAUUGCUCAGUGUGUUUGAUAAAGGACAAAUCAGUGAAUAUAUUGAUGGCGUGUAUUUCACUGGUGACUACGACCUGAACCCCGGAGCGGUGGCACUAUUAGCCCAAAAGUUGGCAAAAUUUCAGUCAAUGGACAUGCCGGUUCCUAAGGAUAGGACAGAAUUUACGCUAAAAAUGAUAUUAGAGGACUGGUUUGAUGAAACACAUGUAGACUCGUACAGACAGGGAGUGGUGUAUCAGGAGAUCCGGAAGAAUAAUUACCAGACACUGAUGGACACGGAUCUGAUCGCUGAGAUCGCAUGGGUUAGGAAAGCCGUGGUUGACGUGAACAGUCCGAUAGUAUUCUCGCACAACGACUUCAACCGCCGCAAUAUAUUAGUCCGAAAAACUGGUGGCAAUCCUAUCGGGGAUUCGGAUAUAUUUAUCAUAGACUUUGACUUUAGUUGUUAUAUGUAUAGGGGCUCCGACUUUGGCGACUAUUUUAUUAACUACUGUCAGGAGGAACUUGAUUUCGGUGGCCUACCAUUCCCUACCGACACACAAAUGUCGCCAUUUAUU